UUUUAUUUUAUACAUCAGGACCAGUCUCAAUAGUGCUUCAACAUGUGGAAGACAGUUUUUUUGAUAUCUUGCUUGGUUGCAGCAGCAUUCUGUGCAGAAGAGCUAACUUAUGAAGAUUUUAAGAAAGCCACCCCUCUGUAUUUGGAAAAUGAUCCAGAUGUCCAAAAGCAAUUUCCCUUCUUGAAGAUGGAAGAUGCGGAUACGCGCAUAGUCGGUGGUGAAGAAGCUGUACCAAAUUCCAGAAAUUACCAGGUAGGUCUGUAUAUAGCUGUUGGUUUAAGUCUCGGUUUUUGCGGUGGUUCACUGAUCAGCACACGUACGGUACUGACAGCAGCUCAUUGCGUUGAUGGCAAUAAUGCUGUGGUUACUAUGUUCUUUGGUGCCCACAAUAUGCCACCACUAGCAAGCGAGAAUGCCACACAGAUCGCUUCAAGCAACAUCAUUUUACAUCCUUUAUGGCAAAGAAAUAUUUUGCUUCACGAUAUUGCCUUAAUUAUUUUGAACGAACCUAUAACUCUAUCAGACAGAAUCGGUAUUGUUGAUUUGCCUACUCAGCUUACCGACAGCUACAUCGGGGAAACUGUUCUGGUAAGCGGUUGGGGUAGACCAUCUGACAGUUCCAACAGCAUUUCUCCUAUUUUGAGGGAAGUAACCAACGAGAUCAUUAGCAAUUACCCCUGCAGAUUGGCCUAUUUUGGCAUUGUUUCUCCAACGCACAUUUGUCUCUCAGGGUUGAAUGGCAGAGGAACCUGCAAUGGUGAUUCUGGUGGACCUUUGGUCGUUAACAGAACACAGAUUGGAAUUGUAUCUUUUGGAAGUGGAUGGGGAUGCGCCCAUGGAUGGCCUUCUGUAUUCGCACGAGUAACAUCCUACAUAAACUGGAUCACUGCGAAUGCUGUGUGGUAGAUUAAUUCACAAAUACGAUACAAAUUAACAAUAAACUAAUAAUAAUAAGUCUUGUUUAUUUCCUGUUGCCUAAUCUGUUAUAUUCUAUAAUUUUAAAAUAAAUAUUAUGUACAUAAAAUAA